UCCCAAGACUGGGUGACAAGCAAGCUGUCUUGUGAACAGCGUGUGUGAUAUCGUGUACAAAUGCUCACAGGUUAUUGAUGAACUGAACCGAAUAGGUCUCUUGCUGCAACUCAAGCAGGGAGAUUUAAAUAAACAAAACGCUAGUUUAUUAUUAGCGAGCGGACCGCAAACAGAUGCUAUUUGGAUUUGGAGAAGCCUGACGCAAAAACGUCUGCAGCUGGUUUGAAGACAUCGUCCUUAGCGUCGGAGAGCGGAUGUACACACGUUGAAAAUCAGGCAACACAGUUGUUUUGUGCGCAUCGAUCGUGUCUGUCCAGAAGUGCACACGUAUGCCAAGGAAGGAGAGAAAGCACUUGGAUGCAGUGAAACGAACCAUAAGAGAAUCAUUCUAAAAAAGUGAUAAUUCUUCGAACAAAUCGGAAAACUCAAGCAAGUGACAGGUUGUGUUUUAAAGAUGCAAAUUCUGGCAGGAGGAUUUUGAUGAGUUGAGAGAAAUCGUUACUUCAUGUGAUGCUCUGCAUGCAUGUUUUAACGUUUUAAAAAGACAAUCAACGUCGGGAACAGCAUAGCAUAGUGAUCGCGUUCCUUGGGAUUGAGCUUCGCUUGCUGGCAUUCAAACAAAAUUUUGAAAAUGUCCAACAACAGUUCCGCUAUUAGCGAAACUAUUCGUAUCAUCAAUGUCCUUAAUUUUACCCUCUACACGAUGAUAGUGGUUUUUGGUGUUCCUGGAAAUGUUCUUGUCGUCUGGUCACUCUUCUCUAUCCAUAGAGAAAAAGUGAAUCGUAGUUUCAAAAUUCUUGUCAUCAACUUGGCCAUCAAUGAUAUCGUGAUUGUCCUCACUGCCGUCUUUACUUUAAUUGAACUUUUGUCGUAUCCCAGAUUCCCAUUCGGGCCCGUUAUGUGUUCAGUCGUUUGGCCAAUCCAGACCGCUUGUUUUGGCGCCAGCGUAUUCAAUAUGGUAGCGUUAAAUGCUCAUCGUUACUAUCUAAUUUCCUUUCCUACAAGCAGAGCGUCUCUAAGGCGGAUGACUGUAGUAGCUGUGGCACUUUGCUGGAUUGUACCCUCAUUAAUAACAGCGUUGCCAUAUGCAUUAACCUUGGAAUAUAAAUCAAACGAUUGUUUGGAAGGUUGGAGUGACCACAUUGGGAGAAUAUUCACAGUAUAUCUAUUUGGUAUCCAGUACGUCUUACCGCUCAUUGUUAUUGCAACCUUGAAUCUUUUAACUAUACGACGAUUACAAAGGCGUUAUAAGUUCCAAUCAAAUUACGCUAGGACGUCAGCUGAUAAUCUGCACACCCAUCAUAGGAUUAUGAAAAUGUUGAUCGUCAUAAUUUUUGUCUUUGCAUUAUUUGGCUUACCCGGUCAAGUCAUGUGGUUGUUACCAGUCUUCACCAAUGUAGACGAAUAUGAACAUUACAUGGCCGUGCUCUCUCUCGUGGAUGUAUUCAACCAUAUGUACUGUGUGUUGAACCCCUUGAUUUUCUUCACCUACAAUAAAGAGUGCUAUGACUUACUCAUGAAAUUACUUGCACCACUUGUAUGCCGCGAUUGGGAUAUGUCGUCACCAGUCGGAGUCCGUCGUGAGGCGGCCGUCAAUCUUUUGACUAUUUCUCGAGCGUCCGAUAGUCAGGACACCAACGGCAGUGACGUCAUGCGAAUUGAUCCUAAAUGUGCCCCCGCGUUUCCGAAAUAUAUUUUAGAAAGACUUGAUGAAAAUCCGAUAAAAGGAGACUUUGAAAUGGAAUCAAACCAACACUCGGUCCCAUUUGCUCUCUACUCUUCGCUCGGUGGCAUUUGUGCACCUGUUUUUGGUCGUCAUGGCAACUCUGAUGAGCAGCCAAAGAAGCCAGAAGAUUUGAUGAAAGUUACAAAAGAUGAGGAAAGUUUUAAUGAAAAUUUCAUUGAGCUAUUUCGAAGUGAAAAUGUCAGUAGCGAUUUAAUUCAACGUCUCAACGAUUCUCCUGAAACUGCAAUAGUUGAUAUAUAAGCAGAGAAUGUUGCACGCGAAAAGGAAAGAUAAGUUAUUAAGAACGGGCCAAUUAACUCUGCCGUUUGAAAAAGUGUACACCAUCCAUGCAAGCUGGAAAGGAAACCAGAACACAGCAAAUAUGACUACGAUGGCUACGAGCAUGCGCACAACAUUAUUGUGGCGUUUAAGGAUUGUGUCGUCCACAAUUGCAUAACGUUCCCUCUCGCGAUUAUGCCUGUUUGGAAGAGAUGGAAAAAAAUCAAGUUUGUUGAAAAGAUAACAAGAUUAGAUUUUACGUAACGCGUAAUGUGUUUGCAUAAAGAAACGUUAUGAUUCGUAUUUUCAGUUGUGAGACGUCUAUUCUUGUUGUGACUAAACCUUGGGUGCAAAUCGUUGAUAUGAAACGAGGAAUCAGGACCCUGCUGCUGAGGUUUAGUGAUUCAUUGAAUAAUUGAUAAACGUUGAAGUAGAUGGUUUACUGACGACAAAUAAGUGCUGAAUAAACAAUACGUUCGUCUUCUUCUAAUUAAAAUUGAAGAGAUGGAGACGAAAUGCAAACUAAGUAGUAACGAAUUCAGUUUCAUUAUCUUCGUGCAAUUUUUCAUCGGAAAAGGAAGAAGAAGUUAUCAUUACCUUUUCAGUUUUAUUACCGCUUUUCCAUUACACAAUGUAAUGACAAAAAGCGGUCCAAUGUAUUGGAUAAAUGUGAGAUAGACUGUAAAAUAGCGUUUUAAAAACGACGACCAAGUCUCUUGACAUGUAUGAUUCUCAUACUCGAGUGCGAUAGCAAGCGGUAUUCCCGCAAGAAUGAUAGGUACCAACCAUAGAGCCAAGAUUGUUGCUAAUAACGUGGUUUUUCGACACUCUUUCGCAUCCUCUGAAAUCCGAACGAUCAUGCAAUAUCGUUGACAGCUGAGGGCAACUACGGUAUAUAUAGAAGUCAUUACAACCGUCGUUUGGAAAGGUGAAAUGAUUUUACAGAGGAAAGAUCCAAAAGGAAAACGAGGCGAAUGCAGACGCUCCACAAAGUGGAAAGGAAUCGUUGAAUAUACAAACAUUAUAUCGGCUACUGCGAGGUUGAGCAUAAGGCAAUGGUAGAAACGAGAUGAGCGUGUAAAACGACGCUUCAAUGUUAUCAUCAAUGAUAUAUUUCCAAUAGUUGACACGACAAGUAUUAUCCACUCAAUUGUGAUCGCGAUUACAUGAACGCGUUUCAUUCUAAAGUUAGCCAACAAUCGUGUGGUUAACGUUAGGUAACUUUGGUUCCUUCUGUCGGGGAGACUGCUCUGGUUAACGUUAGGUUCUAGUAAAUGUUAUUAAAGUAGGCAGAAUUAUUGUAUGCGUAUAAAUAAGCAACUUAAGCCCCCUUCAAAUUGUCAUUUUUAACCCGAUUUUGGAUAGAUUAAGUUGGAUCUGUCUUUUUAAUUUUUGUUGCGCGUACUGCCAAUAUCGAGUCUUCAUCUAUAAACAGACUUGGGCCACGGGGGUUAUGCUUAGUCCAUAAUCCGUUGCUUAUGUCAUAGCACACAACUCGUGCUGUAGAGGUCAUCAAUUGUUUUGAACAUACGUAAGAAUUUAACUAUGCCUUUUUAUUUUAAUUAUUAUUAACAUGUGUCCAUUGCACCAGGCAAUGAUAAUAAGAGAAAAUGGCAGUCAAUGCAACUAUCAUUUAGAAAGAUUAGGAAUUUUACAAUGAAAAGGGGCUUGCAUCUUUGUAUGCUAUGGAAAUCUCUUUAAUACACUUAUAUAGGAAUGAAAUUAAGCUAAGAGCUGUUAUGUACAUUGAUCUGUGCUAUACACUUGUCGAUGUCUGCGACUUAGUCGUAUA